UGUAGUGCAUCUGGGUGUGAGAGGAAUUGGAGCACAUUUGAGCAGAUUCAUACAAAGAAAAGAAACAGACUUGAACAUCAAAAGCUCAAUGCUCUAGUAUAUGUGAAGUAUAAUACGGCACUAAGAGAGAGAAGUAUUAGAAGGAGGUCAAAGAUUGAUCCAAUAUUGGUGAAUGAAAUUGAGUCCGAUGAUGAAUGGAUAGCUGAGGUUGAAGAACCAAUUCUACCAACUGAUCUUACUUGGCUUAAUUCUCAAGAAUUAUAUGAUGUUGAUGUCAUCAGAAAUAUGCCCACUGAACCUUAUGAAACUGAUCUACAUACUCGAGUGCCUAUUUCUGUGGAGCCUAUUGGUGAUCCUAGGACUCAAGAGCGAGGGAAUAUUCAUGUUAGGACUCAAGAGCCUAUUGUCCAUUCUAGAACUCAAGAGCCUAUUGUCCAUUCUAGAACUCAGGAUCCUAUUAUUGAUGAUGAUCUUAUUCUUGAUGAUGAUGUUCUUCUUUCCUCGUUAGCUUCAAAAAAGAGAAAAGAUGGUGAAACCUCAAGUAAGAGGAAAGUCAAAAGCAAGUCCAUAAGAGCGAUGCUUAUGGAUGAAGAUGAUGAGAUAGAUAAAGAUCCUUCAACAUUUGAUAGUGGGAAAUAUCCUUUUCAUAUUGAUACAGUUGAUCAAUAUGAUAGUGAUGCUAGUUUGAAUGAUAUUAGUGUUGAGGAGUGGGAUGAGUGAAUUAUGUUUUUGUUUUGAUGUUGAAUAAAUAUUUUAUGUUUUGGGAUUGAUUAUUAUGUAUUGGGAUAGAUUAUUAUGUUUUGAAUGACAAUUAGUUGUACAAUUUAAUCGUAUUAUAUUA